AUGUUUCUUUUUGAUGGAGCCAUUACUAAACCUCCAAAACAAAAGCCAGUAAUGACUUCAAUCAACGACGAAUCAGAUAUGUCUUCAUGUGAAUGGAUAAACGAGUUCAUUGCGCAAUCAGAUUGGAUUACAUACGUAGAUGAAGCAUAUUUAAAUGAUAAUUUUAACUUAUAUGGAUUAAAUUCAAUAAUAGAAGGAUAUUCAGAAGUUGUUAAAUUCUUACGAGGCCAAUUUUAUGAACUUCCUCCCGGAAUGACUACAAAACAGCUCUUAAAGGAAGCAGAGAAACUCUACACAUUAAUUCAUGCUCGAUUUUUACUUACAUACGCUGGUGUUAAAAAAGUGAAAAAGAAAUAUGAAAGUGGAAUCUUUGGUCAAUGUCCAAGAGUAGCAUGCAACCAUCAUAAUUUACUUCCAAUAGGAAUGACCCCCUCGUAUGGUGAAGAAAAAGUUAAAGUUUAUUGCCCCUGCUGCCAUGAUAUUUACAAUACAAACCAACAGUUAGACGGAGCUUUAUUCGGACCAUAUUUUCCACAUUUUCUGCUGCAAGGCUCCCAUGAUAAGAUCCAAUUUGCAGAAGUUAAACAAAAUCCACAAACGUACCUUGGUAUUUCAAUUGAACCCAAGGCAACUUUUGGUGGCUUCCAAAAUCUUAUUUUCAAAGAUGAUGACGAAGAUUUCGUUGAAAAAUAG